GGGAUUUAUGGAGAAGGGUCUUGAAUCCACACUUAUAUAUUUUUUUGCUACUAUUUUAAUUUAUUUUUUCGUGAACCGAAAUAUUUUUUGGCCAUAAUUAUUAACGAUAAUUAUGUGGGUGUUGGGUGUUGGAUUAUCAUGGGGUGAUUGUCAGCGGCGAAGCGUGGCGCUGUUGCCUUUAUUUUGAACACUUCUACUCGGCUGACUAGUGCAAGCAUUUUCUAUCUUGCCAGCUAGUUGGUUAAAUACCCUAUAAUGGGGUGUGAGUAAGAAAGAAGAUUGUUGCCAUAAAAAAAUCUAGCUGGAAGGAGUCGAAUUUCAUUUUGCAUCAUUAUUUAGUGAUCAUUCUUACGAUCAGAAUGGCUGACAAUUUGCUGGACGUCGGACCUCCCAACGCAAAGCGACCGAAACUCAAUUCUCCUGCGCUUUCAGCGUCAGAUGGUCCAGACCUGGUGUCGCUGUUCGACCUGGAGAAUGACCUCCCAGAUGAGCUGAUCCCCAAUGGGGACCUGGGUGGCCUGAUGGGCAUGCCCUCCAACGGUGCCCCUGGCGGGGGGGGAGGAGUGCCUGGAGGAGGUCCCCGGGGCCUGGGCUCCAUGGUCCCUGACGCUGCCGCCAAACACAAGCAGCUGUCUGAGCUCCUGAGAGCGGGGGGUGCUGGGUCCGGUGGCAUGGGCCCCAUGAUGGGGAAAGUCCCUAUGGGCCAGGGCUCGCCCAACCAAGCCCAGAAAGGAAGCCCCGCCAGCGGACAACAAGGCAACGGCUCCAUGGCGGGCUUCAARCAGGCUAUGAUGAACAGCCAUGGACACGGGAUGCCYGGCCAGGUGAUGAACGGGGCCCUGGGGCCGGCAGGACGYGGCAGGCUGGGGCUGCAGCAGUACCAGGUCCAGGCCAUGCAGGGUGCUGGGGGGGGCGUGGGGCCGGGAGGCAGCAGUGUGCUGGCUGAGACUCUGGCUCAGGGAGGAGGGCAGAUGGGAGCUCACAACGCCAUGAACGCCCAGCAGGCUAGCAACAUGAAUAAGAUGGGUAUGGCUGGCAGUCCUUUUGGGCAGCAGUACGGCCAGGGCGGGGUCCAGCAGCAGAUGGGGGUGAACGCCCAGCAGCAGCUCCGGAACAAGGCAGCCCUUGCCAACAGCCUGCCCCCCUUCCCCAGUGACCUGAAAGGGGCCAGCAGCAUGCCAAACCUGGCCCAGAUGCAGCAGGUAUCCUCCAUGGUCCCUGGCGGUGGGGUGUCUGCAGCCACGGCGAGCCACACGGCCGACCCAGAGAAGCGCAAGCUCAUCCAGCAACAGCUGGUCCUGCUGCUCCACGCCCACAAGUGCCAGCGRCGGGACCAGGCCAACGGGGAGGUGCGGGCCUGCGCCCUGCCACACUGCCGCACCAUGAAGAACGUCCUCAACCACAUGACACACUGCCAGGCCGGCAAGUCCUGCCAGGUGGCUCACUGUGCGUCGUCCAGACAAAUCAUUUCUCACUGGAAGAACUGCACUCGGCAUGACUGUCCCGUCUGCCUGCCGCUGAAGAACGCCAGCGACAAAAGGAACCAGCAGCGUGAGUACCUGUUUUCCCCUAGGACCCUUUAGUCCAUCACACACGUGUGUGUGUAACGUUGGGUAUUGUGUAAUAUCCUCCCAUACAGGUGUUUUGGCAUUAGCAUAGCCAUUCAAGUAGAUACAGUGCAUUCGGAAGGUAUACAGAACCCUU